CAUUUUAACCCCACGGGGAUCUGCAGCACAGCACAAUAUUUUAGACGAGGCUGGCAUUUCUGCCGUGCUCUCUCUCAGAGCGGGUUGUUUCCUCUCCACCUUCUUCACCGCCGCAUCUCUUCGCCCACCCAUCCAUCUGAUGCGCCUCUGAUCUUCCAAAAUGGACCAGAUCGCCUGGAAAGAAUUGUGCUGCUCGCUUUUUGAUUACAAAACCGAGAAGUACGUCAUCGCCAAGAACAAGAAAGUGGGGAUUCUCUACCGUGUGGUCCAGCUCUCCAUCCUGAUUUACAUCGUGGGGUGGGUCUUCAUGGUCAAGAAAGGGUACCAGGAAGUGGACACCUCCAUCCAGAGUUCGGUCAUCACCAAGGUGAAGGGCGUGGCCUUCACCAACACCUCGGAGAUGGGCAAAAGGAUUUGGGACGUGGUGGACUACGUCAUGCCUCCUCAGGGCGAAAGUGUUUUUUUCGUGAUGACCAAUCUGAUCAUCACCCCCAACCAGCGGCAAGAUACCUGCCCUGAGAACCCCGGUAUUCCAGAUGCCUUGUGUUACCGUGACAACGACUGUCCUCGCGGAGAAGCCGUGAUAGCCAGCAACGGUAUCAAGACCGGAAUAUGUAUAAAAAUGGGGAAUAAUAUCAGCGGGACGUGCGAAAUCCUAGCUUGGUGCCCGGUGGAGAAGAAAGACAAAAAAAAAUCAGCUCUUCUGGCCGAUGCGGAGAAUUUCACGGUUUACGUUAAGAACAGCAUCCGUUUUCCUAAGUUUAAUUUUUCCAAAACCAACGUCCUCGACACCAAAAACAAUGCUUAUUUGAAAAAUUGUCACUAUGGAGCAGACCAACCGUACUGCCCCAUCUUCUCACUGGGGAAACUGGUCAACUGGGCUGGGAGCAACUUCCACGAGAUGGCAUCAGAGGGGGGUGUGAUUGGCAUCCAGAUUGAAUGGGACUGCAACUUGGAUAAAAAGCCGUCGGAAUGCAACCCUCGCUAUUCUUUCAGUCGCCUAGAUAACACAUUUGCGGAGAAGUCUGUCUCCUCUGGAUACAACUUCAGAUUUGCCAAGUAUUACCGGAGCGCGGCUGAUGUUGAUUUCCGAACGCUGAUCAAAGCUUACGGGAUCCGUUUUGAUAUCAUGGUGAACGGCAAGGCAGGGAAAUUUAACAUCAUCCCAACGGUAAUCAACGUGGGUUCCAGUCUUGCGCUAAUGGGAGUGGGAGCAUUUCUCUGCGACUUGGUGCUGCUGUAUCUUCUUCGAAAGAGCCAGUUUUACAGAGGGAAAAAAUACGAGGAAGUGAGGUCAAACACCAAGAAAUCUUUGCCGGAGAGCACCGUCAACGGGAACCAGGCUGGGAAUCAGAGUGACAAUUCUUUAUCCCGGCUGGAUCAACAGCUACAGACGGUUGAGGCCUAAACCCUUCGCGACGUCAUCCGUUGUUAAGAGAAACCGCGGACCACACAGAAAGUUGCCAGGAAGAUAUUCGCUUCAGCUCUUCGCGGUCUUCGUUUUCGACAUCCUAAGCCGAGGAUACUACUACACAUUGCAGGAUGUUAACUUUUUAAAAUCAAACCAAAUGCCAGAAAAACUUGGGUAAGGACCGUAGCUGCGUGGUGGAUAUCAAUUCUCUUUCUGUGGCUUCUGGAGAAAGCUAAGACAGCCCGUUCUUGAGCCUGUCAAAUGUAUGUCAACGGAUGAGUGGAGAGGAUAGUUGUCCACCUUGAAUUAUUAUCGUUCCAUCGCGCAGUCGGCCAGAUGGAUUUGGCAUUUUUGUCCACCCGUCGAGUCCUUCCCAAGAACGGUGCGGUGGCCUAGAGGUGGAGCUCUCGCCUCGCAAUCAGGUGGCUGUUGAGUUCGAUCCUAGGUGUAGCGGCUGAUAUUUCUCUCUCAGGGCGCAAUGAGAAUAGAUCUGCCGCAAAAUUUCCGCAUCGGCGACAGGAAAGGCAUCCGGCCAAUAAACACUCAGCUCCAUUCAGCUGCCCCGACUCCAACCCGCAACAGAUUACGAGGUCAUUAAACGAUGAAAAAAAAUAAAAAAUAAAAUCCUU